CUCCUUUCUCUGCAUUAAACUCUCCAAUUUUAAACAUCCAACCGGAGGAAGAAGUCUCUCUUUUACAACAACCUUUAAAUGCUCUUUCUACGGUUGUAACUACUCUUCCUUCUGAUCCAACAACUCCGUCCCUUGAACAGCCACUCAAUACUAUAUAUAAUUCUAGUGAAUCGCAGGGCCUUUCGGUUCGUACUUCACCUAUUCGACCUCCGAGCGCUCUUCGACAUCAGCAAAAUCAAGAUGAAAGUGAGGAUUUCUCACAUUCUGCUAUUAAUUCGGUUCUAGAACCAAUAUCGCCUGCUGUAGUUUUAGAGCCCUCUUCAUAUAGACAGAUUCGACAUGGAGCUGGUUCUAACCUUUUAUCUAGGGAUUUUGCUACUUCUUUUUCGAGGCAUUCUGAUAGUGAUUCAUCAGGAACAUUAUCCACCCAAUUACAAAUGAUUCCGCAAAAGAAACUUUCACAAACAAAACCCCCUAUUAAUGAUUCACCUUACGCAUCUAUUGCCAAAUCCAUGCCUCGAAUUGUUUAUAAUCCUGCUCCAAUAUCACACGCAGAUAGCAGAGGGCAUAAACGACUUUAUCAAAUUAUUCCACGUAAUCUUGAUCCUUCUCCUCCAACAGAAGAUCUAGAAGAUCCAGAGAAUAAUACUCAAAAUAAUCCAAAUAAUCCUUUUUAUCCAAUGCGAAGUGUACCUCUUCCAAAAGAAGUUAAUAUUAAUGGUCAAACUGUUAGAUUAAAAUAUUGUGAGACCUGUUAUGUUGUGGAGGAAGAAGUUUUGAAUGUUGAACAAGUAGAGAGUGUUUUGAAUGGUCAACGAGAAUCACAGCAAACAAAAAUUAACAUCACAGAACCGAAUGCAGAACAGAGCUCGGAACAGAACCCAGAGCAGAACCCAGAUAAAAAUACAGAACUAAACAUAAAACAGAAUCCGGAACUGAACACAGAACAGGAUCCAGAAUUGAAUACAGAUAAGAAACCCGAACUAAACACAGAACUGAAUACUGACAAUACAGAACCUAAGUUAACAGAAACUCAUGAACAAGUAUAA